UACCUUUCUUCCCCUCACCAGAAUAUCUCUUCUUUAGAGAGUAAAAAAGAAUCUGGUAAUACAUGAGGAGGAGGGAAAUGACUUUAAUUUAAUAAUUUAAUAAAUAAAUAAAUAAAUACAAGAAGAUCGAAAGAAGAAGUGAAAAAAUCCCGAUACCGAAGAUGGGAUUGAUGGCUUGGUUUAACAAGAGUAUCGUCGAUCCUCUCUAUCAAAUCCUUCGCAGGGGUUUAGAGCCGAAGCAAUUGGCUCUCUCAACGGCACUUGGUAUUACUCUCGGAAUAUUUCCCAUUUGCGGUGUUACUGUUCUGCUUUGUGGAGUAGCUAUUGCGUUGCUUGGAUCUCUUUGCCAUGCUCCCACUGUGAUGUUAGCUAACUUCAUUGCUACUCCUUUAGAGUUGAGCUUGGUGGUGCCCUUCGUGCGUUUUGGCGAAGUUAUGUCCGGUGGACCGCAUUUUCCAUUGACAUCUGAUGCAUUGAAAAAGGUUUUCACAGGACAAGCUUCGCGUGAAGUUAUAUUAAGUGUUGCCCAUGCGCUGUUGGGAUGGCUAGUUGCAGCACCCUUUAUUCUGGCUGCACUCUACAUCAUAUUUUUGCCAUGUUUCAAGGUCUUGGUUCACAAGUUCAGCACCGUUCCAUCAGGCCCUAAGAAAUCACCCAAUUCACUCGCAGAAGUCAAGCUUAAGGGAAGGGAUGUUUAAUGAAUGUUUUGUAAGCCAUUCAUUGACUGUCCCAUUGCACUGACAGCAAGACCGCUGAUUAACAUAAUAAUACUGUAUGUACAUAAAAAUUACAGAAACUUAGUGUAUACAUAAUGUCAUGCCUUAUGAGCUUGCUGCAGUCAAUUUGUUUCCAAAGUUUGUACUUGUAUUUGAAUUUAUGAAAGUGGAAAGGUUCCUGGUUAAUUUUGUCAGAGGAAAA